CAAUGAUGCUUCGUGCUUUGAUUUCCAGCCUCCUGAUAUCUGGAACUUGGACCUGCCGCCUUUCCUGAAUGCUCUGAUGGUGAUGUGACGAGAUGACAGCGAAGAAUGCUCGCGUUGAAGUGAGGAUCUGCUCGUCUCUGCUCUGUGAAAGGAUCCACUGAUGAAGAGUUGUGCAGGGAGGUGGUGCAGCUGCAGCCUCCUCCUCCUCCUCAGGCCUCUGAUGGGAGCUGCUUGUGUUCAGCUCCUGCUGGCCGCCGCCCUGUGGACGACGCCUCACACUGGAGCUGCUGCGGCUGCUGUGCUGUCGAGCUCCACAGAGCUGCUCAACGUGACCAGAGCUGAGACACAGUCAGACGUGAGGACGCUCAGCGGAGCCGUCAGCAGACGUAAACGAGCAAUUUCACCCCGAGAGAUCAACGCUCUGCUGGAUUAUCACAACCGAGUCCGCUCUCAGGUCUUUCCUCCUGCAGCAGAUAUGGAGUUCAUGCUCUGGGAUGAAGGACUCGCUAACUCAGCGGACUCUUGGGCUUCACGAUGUGUUUGGGAUCACGGUCCGACACAGGCCAUCAGAUAUAUAGGCCAAAACCUGUCCGUCACUUCAGGAAGGUACCAGUCCAUCACUGAUCUGGUUCAAUCCUGGUACAACGAGAGGCAUCACUUCUCCUACCCGAACGGAUGCAGAGGAUCAGUGUGCUCUCACUACACUCAGAUGGUGUGGGCGAGCACCAACAGAGUGGGGUGUGCUGUCAGGAGGUGUUCGAACAUGUUCGUGUUUGGACACACAUGGAGGGAGGCAACGCUGCUGGUCUGCAACUAUUCUAUAAAGGGAAACUGGGUGGGCGAGGCUCCCUAUAGGAGCGGAAAACCUUGCUCUGUCUGUCCGUCGAGCUACGGCGGCUCCUGCUGGAGAAACCAGUGCUCUCCAGUAUCUAAACACAAAAGACGUACGAGAUAUUAACUGUUUCAAAAUGCUGUUUAAUGUAAGAAAUGAGCGACAGUCCAUGUGAAGUCACAUUUUUACCGACACGAUGGCUUCAUGUCGAAAUGAUGCAGCUGUCCAGUUACCACUAUGAUCAAAAUAAUCUCUAUUACCGAAUA